AUCACUGUGAAAUGUAAAAAACCACAAGAAAAUUAAUUAGAAAUUCUUGAUUCUUGAGGCUCAUCAAAACGCCGGCUUCUUUAGUAAAAAUGAAAGCGUACAGACGGCUUUGCAAUUAUGCUACAGCAGCAGUAAAACAAGAAAUACAGUAUCAGAUUCCGAAAGCGGCCCGCACGGAAAAGAACAACCCAGGAGACCAUGAUUAUCAUGAUGUAUCAAAAUUUUACACCAUUGAUCCAAAAACUGUUAGUAAUAUAUUCCAUACAGGUGGUAUUCCUAAACCUUUCACUGAGCAAACUAAAAUGUUUGCUGAAACUGCCGUGAUGAUACGAAAGCCAGCGUUGGAAGUUAUUAACAGUUUGAAAACGACCGAUUUUCAAAAACCAGCUGUUCGAUAUUUAUUAUACGGCCAAACUGGUAGUGGUAAAUCAAUCAGUCUUGCUCAUAUACUCCAUUAUGCUUAUAGCUCAAAAUUCAUUUUAUAUCACAUCCCUUAUGUUCCAAUAUGGCUUAAAUAUGAUCGUAAAGAAGUUAACUGGUCAUCUUCCAAAAAAGGUUUGGCUGAUAUACCUUUAAUAGCAGCUCAGUGGUUAAAACAUUUUAUGCAUCAAAAUAAAGCUUUAUUAGAUGAACUCAAUCUUACUACAAGUCAAGAUUAUGUUUGGAGUCAGCGAGAAACUACACCCAAAGGAACUACACUAAAUGAAUUAAUUACACAUGGCAUAAAUAGAGCUAAAUAUGCAUGUGACUGUAUGGAUAUCCUUCUGAAUGAGUUAAAAGCUCACUGUUCAAAUAAUAAAUGCAAAAUGUUAGUGGCAAUAGAUGGAUUUAAUGCAUUCUAUAAUGAAAAAACCGAUUUGAAAACAGAAGACAGGGUUAAUGUAACUCCACAACAAAUCACUAUGGUCCAAACAGGAUUAUCAGCCGUUCUUUCUGAUUGGAAUAAUGGUGCGAUAGUUAUGGUCACAUCACCUAGAGCUGCUUUAAACACAAGAAGAGAGUCUCAUUUGCCCAUUUACCUCAUUGGUCGACAAGGAUUUGAACAUAUUGAUCCAUUUAUUCCAGUGAUGGUUCCAGAACUUUCUACUGCAGAAUUUAAUAACAUGUUAGAUUAUUAUGAAGAAAAAAGAUGGUUACAAAAAACUGGUGGUAGAAAGGAGCUAGAAUUUCUAACUUCCAAACUACCUGCUGAAUUAAUGGCUAGAUGUGCACCAUUGUAAUAAUUUAUAUUUGUUUCUUGUUAUUAUUUAAGUAGGAUAGACUUUUCUAUACAAUUGAUUUUUAUGAAAAUGUAAUUAUGCAUUUACAUAUAUUGUCAUAUUAAAAAAUGAAAACACAA